AACAAUCUCUCUCUCUCUCGAGUUCUUGUCUUUUAUUUUUUCUUAACUAAAAACAUCCUUUGUUGUCUUCAGUUUCAGUGCCAUGAAAUUUGUUUCCCUCUCCGUUUCCACAUUUAUAAAACUUUCUUCUGGGUACUUGUGAUUUCUCAUCAUCAUCUCUCUGUAUCCAAAUCACAAACCUUUCUUCAUUCUCUGAAGUCGAAGAGAGGAGGGAGAAGAAAAAUGGGCAAAGCAGCGCGAUGGUUCAAGGGCUUGUUCGGGAUGAAAAAGAGCAAAGACAGAAUCUCCGGUGGAGAGAACAGAAACUCCGGCGGAGAUUCCGUCAACAUUCCGGGGAAUAUUCUUCCGGCUGUCGACCCAGCUUGGCUGAGAACAUACCUCGCGGAGACAGAUAAGGAGCAGAGCAAACACGCGAUUGCGGUUGGCGCCGCCACCGCCGCAGCGGCGGACGCGGCGGUUGCGGCGGCGCAAGCGGCGGUUGCGGUGGUGAGGCUGACGAGCAGCGGAAGAGUCGGCGGUCACGUCGCCGGAGCUGCCGGGACCGGAAGAGAGAGACGGGCUGCAGCGAGAAUUCAAACUGUGUUCAGGGGCUAUUUGGCAAGGAAAGCUCUUAGAGCUCUCAAGGGUCUAGUGAAGUUACAAGCAUUGGUAAGAGGCUAUCUCGUCCGAAAACGUGCGGCUGCAACUCUUCAGAGUAUGCAAGCCCUUAUCCGAGCUCAAACCUCGGUCCGAUCUCAACGCCUCAACCGUUCUCUGAACAUCAGAGACUGCAAUAACGUGUUUCAGCCCCGACAGUCCAUGGAACGGUUUGAUGAUUCGAGGAGCGAAAUCCACAGCAAGAGGAUGUCAAUCUCGGUAGAGCAAAACAACAAUGCGUAUGACGAGAAUAGUCCAAAGAUCGUGGAGAUUGAUACGUAUAAAACAAGAUCAAGAUCUAAGCGAGGGAACAUACCGCCGAUGAUGUCCGAAUUCGGGGAUGAUAAAGAUUUCGAGUGGAGUUUCCCGUCAGAGAAAUGCAAGUUCUCUACCGCUCAGAGCACGCCUCGUUUCUCGUACCCCGGGAAUAACAACAGUAACAAUAACAAUCACCGUUUCUAUGGACCGCCGUCCCCAGCUAAGAGCUUAUGUGGAGACUCGAGCUACGGAAGUUGCCUAACGCCGAGUUAUAUGGCGAAUACGAAGUCGUUUAAGGCGAAGCUACGGUCUCAUAGUGCGCCGAGGCAGCGGCCGGAGAGGAAGAGGCUGUCACUUGAUGAGGUUAUGGCUGCAAGAAGCAGCGUUAGCAGCGUUAGGAUGGUACAACAGCAACAGCAACAGCAACAGCUGCAGCAGCAAUGCUCUUCUUGCUCUUACGAUUAUCAGUUUCAUGAUGGAAUGCAUUUAAGGUUCUUCAAUUAGGUUAAAAAAAAAACGUUUGGUCUCUUCAGGAUCAAACACUACCUUUUAUAUGAAGAACUUUAGUUUUCUUUUUAAUAUUUGGGUUCUUUUUUUUUUUGUAAAUUUGCUUUGGAAAGAAUU